AUGAGUCCCUACACGGUUCACUUUUGUCACUUCAGUCGCCCCGGUGACGUGCCGAGGGUCUUUCCUUACGUCGAGGCAGACGUGAGUGGCCGCGGCUGGCUCUUCGUCCUGGACGUGGAUGACUAUCAAGAACAAUGCUACGACGACGUCUCGGUGGAGCGCGGCUUUCAGAGGCUAGAGUUCAAGGGCGACAUGGAGUCUGGCCAUCUGGAAGGCUUUUCCGUCAUCUGCAGUGACGUUGUCAAGAACCAUAGGAGCCGGGGCAGUAACGACUCGGCUGCGAUGAUACAGGAUGUCUGGAACCGUGCAGUGGAAUGCGGAAUCGUCAGGGCGGUCAAGACGAAGCUUCUAGAGUAUCACCCACGUCGCUGGAUUUGA